UUAUAGUUUGUAUCGGCCUGCGAGGCAAACAAGGUUUGUGUCUCCGCUUCGCUUUGUGACAUGGGUACCCUGUGGUUAGUUCAAGAAAGCCUGGUUACUAGGACACUGGCCAUGCUUGUUUUUUCUUCACGAUGUUUUAGCAGGUAUUGGAUCGAUUUCGUACAAUCAAGACUUGUUUCAGGCCAUCCUGCGCCCAUAUUUCAUAUAUUAAUUGUCAGGAGUUUCAAGUAGGGAUAUUGAUCAAUCAUCACCAGGAUGUAUAUGAGACUUCAGGAAUAGUACAGAUUAGUUCUCGCCGCUGGGGUCUUUGCUUGUGUUAGAAAUAAACUCAUUUGGAGUAAAACGACCUGUGUCACAGCUUGCUGUCGUGGUUCAAGAGAUGGGCGUUCGUGGACUUACAUCUUAUCUUAAAGAGUCAGCUCCACAGCUUGGAAGUCACAUCGAGCUGCGAGACACAAAGCUCAUCAUAGACGGAGAUAGCUUGUGUAACUACCUGUAUGAAGUAAACGGCUUCGAUUGCCGGUGUGGGGGACAGUACGAGGAGUUUUACAUGAAAGUACUGUUGUUUUUCGACGCUUUAAAAUCUGGAGAUGUAGAAUAUUUCGUAGUUUUAGAUGGUGCAUAUGAUAAAAGCGAUAACAAGUUGGAAACGCAGAAGAAAAGAGCACAGGAAAGGAUCGAAACGGCUGACCGGUUGUUCAAGGAUGAAACAUCGCCUGAUGGCGAUGAAUACUUUCUACUUCCGCUUUUGGCGAAGUUUGUAUUCGCACAGGCCCUCAGGGAUCACCUCAUAACAUUCGCUGUUUCUGACUGUGAAGCAGAUCCUGACAUCGCCUCUUUAGCCAGGGAAUGGAAAUGCCCUGUUUUGAGCAACGACAGCGAUUUCUUCAUCUUUGAUCUCAAGGUUGGCUUCAUACCACUUUCUUCUCUCGAUGUCGAUCAUUUAACAGCUAAAAUUUUCAAACGCAUUGACUUGGCAAGACAUUUUGAAAUACGCGAAGAAUUGCUCCCUUUGUUCGCAUCCUUAGUAGGCAAUGAUUAUGUGAGUUGGGAAGUGCUGAAAUCCUUCCACCAAACAAUUUUGACUGAUUUCAGUGAUGGUCGCAGAGGGAAGGGAUGGAGGAUUUUAGGUGUCGCAAGUUGGCUCUUCACGUUCGCUGACUCAAACACAGAAACAAAAGCGUUGGAAUGGAUCGAGCCCGGUGAAAGCAGAGAGCGGCUAAAGAAAGCUAUCGAGUGUUCUCUUCACGAAUACACAGUCACGAAAUUAAAUUUACUGAAUUACUUCCAAGACGGAGCAGUAUGUAGUCUUCUGAGAACCCAAAAUAAACGCGAACUUGACGGAGAGGUAUUGCGCAUGUUUCGCGAAGGAAAGUUUUCUACCGAUUCUAUGAGCAGCUUAGCGGCGGGGAAAGUAUUUCUGAGAGCCCAGGUUGAGAACCGUGAGAGCAGAUCGUCAAAUCAGUGUUCACUGUCAUUGAGACAGCUGGCGUAUGAUAUUUUAAGCGAUGAAGGAAGAAACAUGAAGGAGGUUGAAGAAUGGGAUAGAGAGGGCAUCGAAGUUAAGCACACAGAUUUUAAGCCUCACAAUGAUGGGGUCCCUUCGUUGAGCUCUAUUCCAAGCCUUGAUCCUGACAGGAGAUUGACGUUGCUCUUGGAUGCGCUUGAUUCAGACACAGUUGACAUAAAGGCAUUACCAAAAGAGCUCACGUUAGUCGCAUCAUCACUACGUUUUCUCGUCCGCAACGCGCAACCACCCCUGGAGACAAGACAUCUGGAUGCUAUACUUUGCAGUUGUGUCCAAUUAGAGGACGGCUCGUGGAAGCAAUAUCUAGGACAACCCAGAAGAUCUAGAUCCCAACCCUUCGAUGAGAGAGCAGCGCAAAGCUUCUGUCAAUGGCAGUGUGUUUUGAGAGAUGCUAUUAAUCUGAACUUCAUUUUGUUUGAGCCUGUACAGACACCGUGUAUCCAAAACACUUUUAAUGGUCGACUGGCACAUUGCCUCCAAGAUGACCUGAAUGAAGAUUUUUUUCCAAGAGCCUUGAUUCAAGCUCAAGAAAGUCUUUCUCGAUACAAGGAGCUUGUUAAAGCGAUUUCUGCCAACCAGGACGAAUAAGAAGAAGUUGCUGCCGGGAUGCAGAAGUUACAAGUAUAGACAUCAGGACAUUAAGGGUAUCAGUGCCAAAAAGGGGAAGCCUGACAGCACCGUCACCCUCCCCGAGCUCGAGAAAAGCAUCGACAGUUUCUUACGUAUGGAUUAAAUUUUACUUGAAAGACUAUGCUUAGUUUUAAUUGAGUAGUUCCACUUUAAGUGACCAGUAAAUACAGGUGGAGGACAAAACAAAACAGGGCGUUGGGACCAACUCAAAGUUGACCGCAACCGCUUUGUAGAAGUGAAAAUUACAGUGAUUAAUUAAGGGGAAACAAAUUCGGGACUUUGACAAUCGACCGCUUAAUAAAGGGUGAUCGCCUGUAUAACUUUGUUUUGCCACAAACUAUUACUCCGCUCUGAGUAAAAUGUCCACGUUCCUCUGUGCAAAACAAACUCGAUGAUGGUAUGAUAGACAAUUAUUAACCUCGGUUAUUAUAAAUAUUGUAGUUUGCCCUUUCUCACGCAUCAAUUUUGAAUAAACUCGACAUUACGAGCCUAAAAUUUGAAUAAAUUUGUCAAUGUUAGCAGUUCAAGUUGACCACUUAAUUCUUACUAAUAAAUGCAGACUUAACCAG